GUGUGGUGAGAGCAGGCCGUGAGAAAAUAUGAGCAAGGCUGAUUCAACACCCAAUCACAGCAGACUUAACGUGGCAAAAUAUGAUUCGCAGAUAGAGAACUCUAUUUGUCGAGGAAUCCCGAAACAACCAGUCAGAAGCCUGCGUUCGUCUGCCUAACUUCUGAUAAACAACCAAUCAGAUGACUGCGCUUGUCUACUUGCAUAAGCUAUAAUAAUGUAUGUGAAAUAUAUAUAAAUACGUGUUGAUUUUCAUAAUAAAACGAUCUGUUGCCAGCCCUUGUCUUCUGUUGUUACAUUUGGUGUCGCUGCCUACCGACAAAUGGAAAGCCUAUGCCCUGCUGUUUUUGAUGGAGACAUAUGGAUCUUCGGGCAGGACUUCAAGGCUUCUGCGCAGUUGAGUGGCGUUCAAGAUCUGUCAGCGAUGGAGCUGCUACUUGGGACGCUGCUGGGAGGUCGGGCGAAAGCAGCCUAUGAAAGUGUGAGCCGAAAUAACGACGAAUGUUCGACAGGGUCAGGCAAACAGUUUCCAAAGUGGGUGGGACCACAUAUGGUCACGUCGAGAUGGGGUUACGCAGACACAGUCGCAAUAGCGAACAAUGAGAGGCGCGUGAACGUCAGCGAGCUCCAGAAAUGGAUACAGCGAGACAAGCCAACGAUGACGCCUGCACCAAGAAGAUCACGCCGACUUCAGUCGCAAGUCUUUGACGGGGGGACGAGUGUGGUGAGAGCAGGCCGUGAGAAAAUAUGAGCAAGGCUGAUUCAACACCCAAUCACAGCAGACUUAACGUGGCAAAAUAUGAUUCGC